AUGCAGACCAAUGAGCCUGAGGGGGGACCAGGUACUGCACGCCUGUCCAAGAGGGACCCCGAUGGGAUCCCAGCUAGCAGUGAGAAGUUGCUGUGGGCCGGAGUUGUUGGAGGGAGCUCGUCCAAAGACUAUUAUACCCUGGUGGAGGAUCCUGGUGAUGGAGUUGAGUGGCAAGUUGCUCACCCAGUGGUGAGAAUGCAAGGAGGAAGGCUACACUUGUGACUGCUGAACUUAAACCCUUACCCCCUUGUAACCCUCUUGGAGCCUUCUCAGAUCUGUGGGGAGCCAGACCUGGUGCUACACACCCAAACACCAGGUGAAGUUGAGGUGGCUGUGCAGACAGUUCAGCUACAGCCUGAUGGCCAACCCCCUGUAAAUCUUCAACCGGUAGAGAGACUGGAGCCAACACAGCAACAAAGGCUCCAUGCACUCCUAGCCCAUUGGUCAAGUGUGUUCUCUGCCCAUGAGGAUUUUGGUAAGUCUGAUGCUGUCCUACAUCACAUUCCCACAGGUACUGACGGGGGGUCGGCGGACACUGUGGCCCCAUCCGAUGAUACCCCCGGACAGGGCCAACCAGGCAGGAUAUAACCCCACCCACUUUGCGAAAGCACAGCCCCCACACCACUAGAGGGAUAUCAACAGGCCACCAACUUACUACCCUGAGACAAGGCUGCGUAUAGCCCAGGAAGAUCACGUCUGACUCAACCCACUCAAGUGACGUACCCCUCCUAGGCAGGGAAGAGCACUAGUAAGCCAGUGACUCAGCCCCCGUAAUAGGGUCAGAGGCAGAGAAUUACAGUGGAGAGAGGGGAGCCGGCCAGGCAGAGACCGCAAGGGCGGUUCGUCACUCCAGUGACUUGCCGUUCACCUUCGCACCCCCGGGCCAGACUACACUCAAUCAUAGGACCUACUGAAGAGAUUAGUCUUCAGUAGAGACUUAAAGUUCGAGACAGAGUCUGCGUCUCUCACAUGGAUAGGCAAACCAUUCCAUAAAAAUGAAGCUCUUUCGGAGAAAGCCUCCAGCUGUUUGCUUAGAAAUUCUAGGGACAAUAAGGAGGCCUGCGUCUUGUGACCGUGGCGUACAUGUAGGUAUGUACGGCAGGACCAUAUCGUAGAGAUAGGUAGGAGCAAGCCCAUGUAAUGCUUUGUAGGUUAGCAGUAAAACCUUUAAAUCAGGCCUAGCCUUAACAGGAAGCCAGCACUGGAGUAAUAUGAUCACAUUUUUUGGUUCUAGUCAAGAUUCUAGCAGCUGUGUUUAGCACUAACUGACGUUUAUUUAGUGCUUUAUCUGGGUAGCUGGAUAGUAGAGCAUUGCAGUAGUCUAAUCUAGAAGUGACAAAAGCAUGGAUUAGCUUUUCUGCAUCACUUUUGGACAAAAAGUUUAAGAUUUUUGCAAAGUUACAAAGAUGGAAAAAAGCAGUCCUUUAAAUAUUAUUAAUAUGUUUGUCAAAAGAGAGAUCAGGGUCCAGAGUAACACAGAGGUCCUUCACAGUUUUAUUUGAGACGACUGUACAACCAUCAAGAUUAAUUGUCAGAUCCAACAGCAGAUCUCUUUGUUUCUUUGGACCUAGAACUAGCAUCUCUGUUUUGUCCGAGUUUAAAAGUGUUGGCCUAGUGAUGAAAAGGGUUGGCCUAGUGAUACUUACCCUUACCUGCCCGUCAUGGCAGAUCUGUUUUCCAGACAAGGGUGUGCUGUCCCCACAAAAGACCAGACUGCAGAGACCACUGUAAAAGCCCUCUGGUCAGCUGUAGUGCAACACUGGGGUUGUCCUGAGUGGAUUUGGUCCGAUCAGGGGGUAGCUUUUGAAUCCGCACUUGUAGCCCAGUUCUGCCAGCUGGAUGGGUGUGCCAAGAUCCGAACCACUCCCUACCGCCAUCAGGACAACGGGGCCUGUGAGCUGUUUAAUCAAACAGUGUUAUCUCUCCUUGGGUCCCUGGGGCAAGAUGAGCAGAUGCGUUGGCCAGAGCAGUUGCCCGUGCUUCGCCAGGCAUACAACAACACUGAACAUAACAGCACCAGGCUUACCCCAUUCUUUGUAAUGAGUGGCAGGCAUGCCAGUCUUCCUGUUGAUGUGAUUUCAGGUGUGGAGGCCCCCACGCUGUGGAUGGACCUAGAUGGAUGGGUGAGGCACCAUCAUGACCAGCUACAAUGGGUCUACAGUCAGGUCAUGGCAAGGACCCGACAUCAGCAGGAGCGAGACAAACAGCGGUACGACAAGCGGGGAAAGGACCUUCCAUUGAUGGCUGGGGAAAGGGUGCUCCUGCGGAACUUCGGAUGACAGGAUCAGGGUAAACUAGCCCCCCGAUGGCAACCACAGCCUUUUGUCAUUCUAGGACACCUUCGGCCUGGACUGCCAGUCCUUCAUAUCCAACCAGAGGGAGGGGGACGAAUACGGACAAUUCAUCGGAAACCAUGUGCGGCCUUUCCCCUACCGACCUUCAAACCGCUCCCAGAUGCAACUCAUGGGUGGCUGCGCUGAUGAUGAACUGGGGCUGUGGAGCUGAGUGGUGAUCCAAGAGCAGUGAUUCUUCCUGUUUUCUCCUUACACUACUCUUGCUCUCUCUGGGCCGUUUUGCCACGCCACUGAAACCCACUAUUGUCGGCAGGUCUAUUUCCGUCUGUCUUCCUCUCGUUUAGCACUGGAGGCGGGUCCAUCGGUGACGUCAGCAAGCAGAGUCUCAGACCAGGCGCAUUCCAGGACAGGUAGCUGUGUGGAUCUGGAUAUCGCCAUUCAGAGACGUUUAUUUUAUUUUGUGGAGAUAUGGUUCUCGUCGGGCCCUAGAAGUCGAGAAUCUAUCCCCACCCUUUCUGUAUGUUGUCUGUCUUUCCCCCUCCUUAUUUUGUCCCAUAGCAGUAAAGAGUCUGUUAGAGGGGUUGGCAGAGUAGAGCAGGGCCAAGGGUGGGUCCCAUAUUGUGUGCAGCACCAGAGUGUACUUACCUGUUCUGGUCUUCUGUGUUGGGGUUAUGUGCUGGAGAACAUUAAAUCCUGUGUUGGGUGGAGUAAAGGGGUUCACACUAAACUGUGACAUGUACUGUCUUAAUUUGACCAGUUUCUUACAGGAGGAAAAUAAUCCUGCAGCAACAGGGAAUUAUGUGGAUUGUAAUUCAUGGACAAUUUUGUAGGGGUUGAUACAUUUUUCGUUAGGGCAAAUCAAUUUAAAAGUGGAAAUUAUGAACUUUAGAAGCCUUUUAAAAACUUGAAUACACUGCAAGUUUGCAUUUCCUGCUGUGCAAAUUAAGAUAUGACAUCUGUACAUAGGAAGGGAGAAAUGACUGGUAAAAAUUAUACCACACUGGUAAACAGUUCCCACCCCACAUCCGAGUGUCGUCCACCGUCUAAACCCUCAGGAUAGAGAAACUAUAUCCAUGAGCUCAGCGCUUGAAAGGAACUUUAAAUAACUUCCUUCUGCAAACACCACAUCACAAAUAGACACACCUCAGACACUCCAAACGAAAACAGUUUUUAGACAAGUCGGUGUGAUUGAUGUUUCUUUGGAACUCCUGUGUUUGUGAUGUGGAACUGGCAAUAAACAAAGAAACCUGAGACAUGGGAUCUGCUGCUGCUCCAUACACAUACAUGCUUCCUGUGCCAGAGGCAACUUAGACUGACAGGGAGCUGUGUUGUCUUCAUUUGGUCUGAACCACCAUUACUACUUCAUUGCUCAGAAAUGUGACGAAGGCUGCCGGUGAAACGUGUCUUUGUUUUGACCUCUGUUGCUAAAAAAAUAAGCCAUUAAAAGUUUUCCUUUCUUCCAGUAUAUGCCUUUUGACCCUAGCACCCACAUUUGUUUUAAUAUUUGAGCUGAGCACGCCAAUUUCUCUUCCUAUCACUAUGACUUGUUCCUCAUACAUGAAAUUUCAGUAAUCAGUAGUUUCUCAUAUGUUAAAAAUAAAGAUUGAAUUGCGUGUCAUUGGUUGUGCUCUUGUGGUUAAACAUUUGCAGUAUGGAUACGAAGACUCUGGGAAGUAAACAGGUGUUGCUGACCCUUCAAAAUGAAGGCUACUGUAUGAUGGUUUUAGAUAGAGUAGUGCUGUCUGGAUGUCAUGUUCCACAUUACACGUAAGGACAUACAUUACCAGUAGUUUUAUGUUUAGCAAAAAAUUGAUAAUUAAAAUAAUUGUUUGGACAAAUAAACCUUUGCUGCUGCACCUCUUUUACAUAUGUACUGAAUACAAUCAAAUCCUAUUCAAUCCGUAUACCAAGUUUCCAAGUCAAGAACAUGAUUAUUCUAAGGCUGCAAGAAUGCACAUUUGGAUUUGGGUCGUCCUCGGCCUGACCGGGUAGCAGUUCAGAGUAGGCCUACAUGACCAUCUAAGCCAGACAGUUGGAAGAAGGCCAGGACCAUUAUCUCUUGCCCAAGAGCAGUAAUGACAGACAAACAUUUCUCACACCUUCUGCACUUUUUGGCUCUAUCAGUCGGACAGAAUGGCCAGUUUUUUCUAACUAAACCAGUUGGAUGAAGCUCACUUAUCAGUCACGGAUAAGAAACAAAAAGCAGUAUAAAGGAGUUCCACCAGCACUCAUGACAGCAGCAACAUGACUUCUAUCAUUUUGGUCUUGGCCCUCGUUGCCAGCGGUAAGACCUUUUUGCAUUUUUACCAGACAUGGCAAGUAGAUCAGUGUGUUUAAAUUAUCAUUAUGUCUCAAGGAACAGUGUUUUCAAACGUUUUAUAUUGACCGACAAGCUAUGGUUUUUCCUCCAGCUAGCUAACCAUCUCAGCAUAGCCGCGUGAAGUAUUUUGGAGGUGGGGGUGCUGCAAAUAUUUCUGUCAACGAUGCAGAUUUUUGUUGUUGUUGCCUGUGCUGAUGACAUCUAUAUUGGUCCGCUAAUACAGGACUAGUAAAGGCCCAGUGCACUACUUAUGUGAAAAAAUUUAAACUAAAUGUAUUUGAGUGUUUACCAGCAUUUGUAACUUGAGUCUGAUAAUUAUCUGUACAAAACAGUUAAUCUGAUAAUACUUGUAGAAUAUACAAAUACUUGCUUGAUAAACACUACCGUUCAAUGGUUUGGGGUUACUUUGAAAUGUCCUUGUUUUUGUUUUUGUAUUUUGUCUAUUAAAAUAACAUCAAAUUGAUCAUAAAUACAGUAUAGACAUUGUUAAUGUUGUAAAUGGCUAUUGUAGCUGGAAACGGCUGAUUUUUAAUGGAAUAUCUACAUAGGCGUACAGAGGCCCAUUAUCAGCAACCAUCAGUCCUGUGUUCCAAUGGCACGUUGUGUUUGCUAAUCCAAGUUUAUCAUUUUAAAAGGCUAAUUGAUCAUUAGAAAACCCUUUUGCAAUUAUGUUAGCGCAGCUAAAAACUGUUGUGCUGAUUUAAAGAAGCAAUACAACUGGCCUUCUUGAGACUAGUUGAGUAUCUGGAGCAUAAGCAAUUGUGGGUUCGAUUACAGGCUCAAAAUGGCUAGAAACAAAAAACUUUCUUCUGAAAGUACACAGCGUUGUACGAGAUCUUCAGUUUCUUGGCAAUUUCUCGCAUGGAAUAUCCUUAAUUUCUCAGAACAAGAAUAGACUGACAAGUUUCUGGCCAUUUUGAGCCUGUAAUCGAACCCACAAUUGCUAAUGCUCCAGAUACUCAACUAGUCUCAAGAAGGCCAGUUUUAUUGCUUCUUUAAUCAGCACAACAGUUUUCAGAUGUGCUAACAUAACUGCAAAAGGGUUUUCUAAUUAUCAAUUAGCCUUUUAAAAUGAUAAACUUGGAUUAGCAAACACAACGUGCCAUUGGAACACAGGACUGAUGGUUGCUGAUAAUGGGCCUCUGUACGCUCAUAUAGAUAUUCCAUAAAAAAUCUGCCGUUUCCAGCUACAAUAGCCAUUUACAACAUUAACAAUGUCUACACUGUAUUUCUGAUCAAUUUUAUGUUAUUUUAAUGGACCAAUAAAAUGAUUUUAUUUCAAAAACAAGUACAUUUCUUAGUGCCCCAAACAUUUGAACAGUAGUGUAUGUUUUCCAGUUUCUUGAAAUACUUUGCAAAUGCAACUUAUUUCUAUGUGAAAACUGAAAUGGUCUAUUCAUUCCUUUUCCAUUUUAGUAGACGCUCUUAUCCAGAGCAACUUACAGUAGUGAGUGCAUACAUUUUCAUACUUUUUCCUUGUGGGGUCGAACUCACAACCCUAGCAUUGCAAGGGCCAUGCUCUACCAACUGAGCCACAUCAUCACAAACCACUUGUCUAAAUGUACUCAAUUACUGUAUUGUGCUUUGUUUUUCUUUCUUCAUGGUGAUGGAAAGUCUUCAGGUGUAAACCUAGAUGACCAGCUUAUGUCCAAUACAGUAAUGUACAAUUACAUUAAGUGGUUUGUAAGGAUGAUAUUAUUUGAUCAAGAAAUAUAUUGAAUUUGAUGUGGAUGUUUUGUGUCUUUGCCUAUAACUUUGCACCUUUUGAUGUAAAUGUUUGAGGACAGGGUUUUGUUCUUUCUGGAUGCCAUUAAAAUGACAAUUGCAGAGAAAGGGACAGGGCAACAACUCUUACAAUUACAACAAUUCAAUCCCGCCCUAUAUCGGUCCGCUAAUACUAAUAAAAAUAAUAACUACUACUUUUAUUAAUAACUAAUAAAAGGCCCAGUGCACUACUUUUGUGUAUUAAUAUAUUUUUUCUAUUCUGAUUUUUCAGGGGGUGCUGCAGCACUGUCAGCACCCCUACUUCCUGCGUCUAUGCAUCUCAGGGACUUGCCAGUAACACACCACUGAGAAACACUGGCCUAGAAUAGGACAUCUUGACAGCCCUAUACAUAGCCUAUAUUCAGGAAGUACACUGAAAUUCCAAUUAUCUUCAAUGCUUUUCAAUGAGGAACAUUUGGAAUUGGAAUUUGGUUCACUUUCUGAAUUGACUGCAAUUGAAUUGGAAUGACCCCAAACCUAACUUGUAAAUACAGUACAUAGAUCUAUCUGCAACCCUCCAUAUAAUAAGUCCUGGAUGUCCCUCUUCCUCGUCUGCAGCAUAUGGCUGUGGAACCCCAGCCAUUAAGCCUGAUACAACCCGCGUGGUCAAUGGCGUGGAUGCCCGCCCCAACAGCUGGCCUUGGCAGGUGAGGAUGUCGAGACAUGGGUUUCGUUCAAGAUGCUUCAAAUGUUAACUAAAUGUUUCAAAAUGUAAACAGUGCUGAAUGUAACUUUAAAUAGGUAAAGUGAUGGAGGUGCUGACUGACUGAAACUUUUAAUGGUAAUGGACCUUACAGGAAUGUUUAGAUGGAAUAAACUAUAGUGUUCAUUGUAUCGACUGUAAAUCAUUGAUAGUUUUGAGUAAAAGGAAAGUGUUUAUGGUAUUGACUGUGAAGUGUUGAUGGAGCGGACUCUAAAAUGUUACGUUUAGGCUAAUUGCUAAGUGCUGUAAGAGUCUACUGAUCAUCGUCUGUCUCUGUAGAUCUCUCUGCAGUAUGAGAGGAAUGGUGAGUACAGACACACCUGUGGUGGAUCCCUCAUCGCUACCAACUGGGUUAUGACUGCUGCCCACUGCAUUGAGUAAGCCAGCACACACACAGACACACUGCUGGUAAUUUUAAAGAUGUUGACCAGCACAAAACAGUAAAAAAAGAAGCAAUUGUCUUUGACCAAUGUGAAGAGGGGUAGGCUUAAAGCUCUGCAAAAUGAUGCUUCAUGGGCCAGUUUUUUCCCUAUUCCUCCAUACAGUCUGAACCUGAAUUAUCGUGUGGUUGUGGGCAAACACAACCUGGCAGAGGCUGAGCCCAGUGCUCAGGCCUACUUCCCAGCUAAGAAAGGAAUCAUCGUGCACAAACACUAUAACCCUGUCCUCCUGUCAGUGGGGUAAGUUGGGCAAUGGCUUGUAAAAUGGCUUGUAAAAUGGCUUGUAAAAUGGCUUGUAAAAUGGCUUGUAAAAAUACAGGUAAAACUUUACAUUUACACUAUUAAUACAGAAUAUUCAGAUUUAUAAGGAAUAAGGAGUUUAUAACUUUUUAAGUAUUACUUCAUAAAUAGUUUAUACAUGUUGGUGGAAAAUUGUGUGCUUGUCAUUUAGCUGGCUUCCAAAUACUGAACUUAUAUAUGGUUUCAAUGGCCAUAAUAACAGUAAACUAGUAAUCAGUAACAGUUUCUGAUCUAUUCUGAUCCAUUCAUACUCUCAUUUCCCUAACGACCAGCAAUGACAUCGCCAUGAUCAAGCUGGCAGAGCAUGUGACUCUGAGUGACCAGGUCCAGCUGGCUUGUGUCCCCGCCCCCGGAACCAUCUUGUCCAAUAAUUACCCCUGCUACAUCACCGGCUGGGGAAGACUCACCAGUGAGUGAUGAGUGGUGUGUGUGCGUGUCCGUGCAUGCAUCUGUGUCUGUGACUUUGCCUGUGUGUAAUGCCAAGACAGCUUACUGUAUGUCUGUUCUCUUCCAUUACAUUCAUGCUCAUUAUCCCCCUGCUGUGUGUGUUCCAGCCGGAGGCCCCACCCCUGACACCCUGCAACAGGCCCUGAUGCCCGUGGUGGACCACAAGACGUGCACCCAGAGCGACUGGUGGGGCGUGUCCAUUCGCAGGUCCAUGGUCUGUGCCGGAGGGGACGGAGUGGUGGGAGGCUGCAACGUGAGUCAGACACAUACACCCAUAGGGCUCUGGUCAAAAGUAGUGCAAUAUAAAGGGCAUAGGGGGCCAUUUUGGAGCAGACAUUGUCCAUAGUUGCCUAUAGUUGGGCUGAUGUCUCAACGCCCAGGUAUGCAUUUACAAAGAUAUGGACGACAGCUUUCAAUUUAUAAAGGAGUCAAAAAUACAAGAGAUACAAGCUAAAAAAUAAAGAUACAAGAGAUUCAAGCAAAUGUGAUGAGCAUUAUAUUGUCAUCAACCUAUGUGGUAAACAUUUCAAAGAUAUGAAGUGUUUUAUGUUCUCUAAGUGACAUGUCCUGUUCCAGGGAGACUCUGGUGGCCCACUGAACUGUAAGAACUCUGCGGGAGUAUGGGAGGUGCAUGGCAUUGCUAGCUUCGUCUCCGGCCAGGGCUGCAACUACAUCAAGAAGCCCACCGUCUUCACCCGCGUCUCCGACUACAAUGAGUGGAUUGAUGAGGUAACCAGAGUUGCUGAUGACCAGAUCACUAAACACAUCGCUAUACAUCAUCACACAGGGUUGAGGUCAAUUCCAUUGCAAUUCAGUCAAUUUAGGAGCUAAACUGAAAUCCAAAUUCCAUGUCUACAUUUUCCGCAUAGAAAAUAAUUGAAGAAAAUUGGAACUGGAAUUUUAAUUUAAUUCCUGAAUUGUCGAAAUGGACUUGACCCCAACCCUUUCACUGUUUGAGUUUAUUGGUGUUCUUCUUCAGUUGUGUUUCAAAUGUGUUUUGUUUGGCUUGUGAAACUCAUCUGAGCCUGUAUGUUGUGUUUCUUUCAGACCAUGAUGGACAACUAA